UGAAGGCGCGGGUAAACGCGCCAGACGCAGGGCAGUCGCCAUCGAUGGCAAACGAUUAACAUACACUGUCGAGUCUCGAAAAUCCAUUGAGAAAGGUCAAAGUGAGCACGUCAACCAAGUUUGAAUUUGACCGUUGAAAGUAUCAAAAUUAAAUGUCGAAUUUCACUGUAAAAUAGCACUGACUUAGCUUAUCUUCAUAAUCAUUGUGAUUUUUGAAGAGAGGAUACAAUAAUUUUUAAGUUUUGACUACACAACGGUAUCAUGAAACCCGGCGGAGCUACAAAAUUCGUCACUGUCCAAACCACCGAUUCGCAGAAUUUCAAGAAUCUAAAGGACGUUAAGGGUAAAGCCAAAAAAACUACUCAUCAACCAUUACACACUCUGCAACCAGCAGCAACGGAUAAAGAAAAUUUAGUUGGUGCUGGAAGGCAACUUCGCUCCACGCCUCCUAGUAAAGGUGCCAUGAAAAAUGAAAUGUCUGAUAAAGCAAAAAUAGCCAUUAAAAAAACUGUUGAUAAAUCAGCUGCUACUAAAUCCAGUACCUCUAAAAAAGUUACAGACAAAACAAAGACUGAUAAUAAAAAAGUACAAAACGAUGCUAAAAGAAAUGGAAGGAUUUUCAAAAACCAAGCUGUACAAACUGAAGAAGCGAAAAGAAUUAAAAUUUCGAGUGAAGAUUUAACUUCUGAAGCUGGCCCAAGUGAAGAUUACUGGAAAGUUCUUGCAGAAAGAAGACGAGUAGCUCUACAAGAUGCCCUAGAAGAAAAUCAAAUAUUGUCUGAUCAACUUAAAGUUUACAAAGAAAUGCUUGAUGAGUCCAGAGCUCUUGUUGAAGUCUUGCAGGACAUGAUUGGUGAAGACAGAAGUGAUAUCAACAAUUCACUAGAUGAUAGUCAUCUUUAAUGUAUAUUCUAUUUUAAUGUUGUAUAUACUAUAUAUAGACAUGACUAGUACAGUGCUUGGUUAUUUUUACCAGUGCUG